GACGAGAUAAUUUAAAAAUUUUGAAAAAUGAUUUCAAUUGAUGUAAAUUCAACAGCGAAAAUCAUGGAAGCUACAUAUAGAGCUUUUUCAUGGUCGGAUUAUAUUUUAUUUGUGGCAAUGCUAGUUUUAUCAAUUCUAGUUGGUAUUUAUUUUGGCUUCUUUAAAAAACAAGAUACCAGCGAUAAAUAUUUAUUUGGUGGUAAACAAAUGGGAUUUUUUCCUGUUGCACUUUCAUUAGCUGCUAGUCAUCUUUCUGGUAUAACAUUAUUGGGUGUCCCAGCAGAAGUAUAUUAUUAUGGUUGCUCAUAUUGGGCAACAUCAAUAUGUAUUAUAAUUGUUUGUUUAUUUACAAUUCAUAUAUUUUUACCAGUUUUAUUUAAAAGUAACGUAACAAGUAGUUUUGAAUAUUUACAAUUACGUUUUGAUAAGAAAAUUCGAUAUGUAACGUCAACAUUAUUUAUUGCAAAAAAUUUAGCAUAUUUACCAAUAAUUAUCUACAUACCAGCACUUGCAUUUAGUCAAGUGACCGGUAUUAGUGUUCAUCUUGUGACACCAAUUGUAUGUUUCGUUUGUAUAUUUUACACAUCGGUAGGCGGUUUCAAAGCUGUUGUAUGGACGGAUACUUUUCAAUUUGCGAUAACUGUUUUUACCGUAAUUGCUAUAGUGGUUUUGGGCUUUAUUUACACUGGAGGCGUUGCAAAUGUUUGGAAUCGAAAUGAGAUUGGUGGAAGACUUGAUUUUUUCAAUUUUGAUCCAUCUUUAGUUACUCGAACUACUUUUUGGGGUUACACCAUUGGUUUAACAAUGUCAUGGAUUUCUGAAUUGGGAGUAAAUCAAGGAAUGGUACAAAAAUAUUUAUCGAUACCAAAUAUAUCCCAAAUAAAAAAAUGUUUAAUUCUUUUUGUGGCUGUGUUUAGUGGAAUAAAAAUGCUCAACGUGACUACUGGUCUCAUAAUGUACGCAAAGUAUCAAUAUUGUGAUCCAUUAACGUCAAAGGUCAUUCAGAAACCAGAUCAAAUUUUACCAUAUUUUGUAAUGGAUAUAGCUGGAAAUAUUCCUGGUUUACCUGGCUUAUUUAUCGCAGCUGUUUUUAGUACGGCACUAAGCACAAUGUCAGCGGUCUUAAACACAUUAUCUGGAACAAUUUACGAUGAUGCAAUAAAACCAUUCCUGAGCAAAGAAAAAAAGACUGAACGUAAUGCAAGUUAUAUAAUGAAAAUUUGUACUUUAAUAAUUGGAUUCAUCAGUGUAUCAUUGGUACUUGUUGUGGAAAAGCUUGGUGGAAUUUUACCGUUAGUAAUGGGUAUAACAGGAUGUUUUGCUGGAACAAAUUGUGGUUUAUUUAUACUUGCUACUUGUGUACCAUGGGCCAAUUCUAAAGGUGCUCUAGUUGGAAGUUUUGCUAGUUUGAUUUCGGCUGUUUCAGUUAUGAUUGGUGCUCGUUAUCAUAUUGCUUAUGGUAAUAUUCAAUAUCCAAAAUUACCACUUUUAACAAUGGGUUGCUUAGAAAAUUCUACAAUACCUUUCGAUCAAUUCAAUUAUACAUUCCCGACAACUUUUGAUCGCCGACCAAUCAUUAAUGAAGACGAAGUAUUUGUCUUGUUUCGAAUGUCCUACAUUUUUUACACAUGUUUUGGAACAGUUGUUCAAAUUGUUGUUGGAUUAGUAGUUAGCUGGAUAACAGGAUUUAAUGAUUUAAAAGAAGUCAAUCCAGAUUUAAUAUCACCUGUAAUGCAUUGGGUAUUACCCAAACAACCAGUAUCCGAAAAGGAGAAAGAACAAUACAAGAGUGUUGAAGAAAGUUUGGAAAUGUUAAAGAAACAACAAGAAGCGGAAGCUUGACGCUGACUCGAGAAUUGAUUAUAUUAAUGAAGACAAUUUAAAAAAAUUUAUUUUUAUUUAUUUCAAAGAAAUUUGAAAUUUUUUUAUCGAUGUUUACGAUGUUAUUUUUAUGCGUGAUUGUAAAAAUGAUCUGCUAUUAUUAUCUACAAUUUUUAAGUUGAAAAAUUGAAAGUCAUCAUUAUUGAAAAAUUUUUUUAUAUCGAAUAUGACGAUAGAGUAUCCUUGUCGAUACAGGGAGCAGUUAUUCUAGUGUUAAGCACUGUGGUACUGUAUAUUAAUAAUUUUUUCUUCAAAGUAGAAUGAAGAAGGAAGGAUUUAGAUAAAUCGAAAAAAUUUUACUCUUGUGAAAUGAAAAUAUUAAACCAAUA